UUUCCUCUUUCAGUUACUGAUGUGUCUCUUCAGGGUAAAGCUUCAGAUACAUUUUUGGUGCGUUAACCUGUCAAAGAAGACCAACAAUCAAAUCUGGACUUAACAGAGUGAUGAAAUGAAUGCUGUGCGUUUUGGCCAUUGACUUGUCGUCAGUCUUAAAGACUGACAGUACCAUACUUGUGUUUGGCGGUGGAGCUUGUGCAAGACUGCUUUGAUAUGUCCAUGCAUGUAUGUGCAUUUAUGUGACGGUAUGAUGUGAAUGAGAGAGAAGGAAGUGAACGAAAUGGUGUGUGUAACAACGAUGUACGUUUACGUGCAGUAGCAACACUGUGUGUUGAGUGUGUGUGAUGUCGGGGGACACCAGCACCCUGUACUGGAGGAGCAUGUCUCCCACCAACCAGACAAAUAUCCCAGAUGGGUCUCCCACGACAAUUGUCGCCAAGAACAACAUCUCUAGGAAGAUCAUCAAAGUAUGUUACCUUAGCAACAACUCCAACCUGGACAAGAACUUCAAACUGGUCGGCUGUGAAGAGGGAUGGACUGUCAGGUCUGUCCUUAACCUGGUUCUUACUAGUGGCUGUGUGGGUGCGGACAUAAAACACCCCCUCUGUUACGGCCUCCUCCUCAAACACCUCAAGUCCUCAGAGGAACACUGGCUACACCCAGACCUUCCUGUGUCUGAACUCAGCCAGCGGUAUGAGCUGCACCAUGUUGAGGCUGAGUGGAGAUAUGACCUCAGGAUCAGAUACAUCCCAUCAGAUUUCAUGGAGAAAUUCAAAGACGACAGAACCACUAUGCUCUACUUUUACCAGCAGGUGCGAAGUGACUACAUGCUUGGGUACGCGUCUAGAGUCAGCGAUGGGAUGGCUCUACAGCUCGGCUGUCUGGAAAUUAGGAGAUACUGCAAAGACAUGGAUCCAAAUGGACUGGAGAAAAAGUCCAACUAUGAACAAUUAGAGAGGGACGUGGGACUGGAGUUGUUCUUUCCCAAAGAGCUGAUCAGCAACACGAAGUCGAAACAGUUGCGUCGGAUGAUCCAGCAGACGUUCCACAGCUAUUCCACUCUGACACCGGACCAGUGCAUGGCCAGGUUCUUCACCACUCUGUAUCAGUGCGUGAGCUUCACACAGGAGAGCUUCGCCUGUCAGCUAGUGCAAAUGUGGAAUGUAACAAUAGACCUGGUCAUUGGUCCUGAGGGCAUCAGUCAACGAACAGAAAACUUAAAAUCCACAUGUCUGGCCGCGUUCUCUGACGUGCGCAGCAUCUCCUACUCUGCAGAGAGUGACGGUCGGGCUCUGCUCACCAUCACCAUGGAGGGAGCUCAACAGCCACUGUCAGUGAGCACCUCGUCCCUGGCUGCAGCAGAGAACAUGGCUGACCUGAUUGAUGGCUACUGUCGGUUGCAAAGCGGCUCUGAGACCUCACUCAUUAUCAGGCCCAACAAAGCAAGAGACACAAAAAUGAAACUGCCUGACAUCCCAACACAAUGUGGUGUUUCCAGAGGUCCUGAUAGAGAUUCAGAUAUUUAUGCUGAGAUUCCAGAAAACACAGCAAACUCUUCAGAUAAGUACAGGGUCUCCAGAAGUGAUGUCAAUGUGGGUCACAUCCUGGGCGCAGGAUUCUUCGGAGAGGUUCAUGAUGGAUUUUAUAAAAGCCCAACUGGGGAGAGAAUCCGUGUGGCCAUCAAAACAUGCAAAGACUGUACAGCUGAUGUGAAGGAGAAGUUUCUCAGUGAGGCUGGCUUGAUGAAAAAUCUGGAUCAUCCCCACAUUGUGCGUCUUAUCGGAGUCAUUGAGGUUGAUCCUGUCUGGAUCAUCAUGGAGCUCUAUGAACAUGGAGAGUUGGGGGAAUAUCUCAAGAACCAGCAGUACGUCAUCACGAAUGCAACAUUAAUCCUGUACAGUCUACAAAUCUGCAAAGCCUUAGCUUACCUGGAAGGACUCAACAUGGUGCACAGGGAUAUAGCUGUAAGAAAUAUCUUGGUGGCAUCUUCUGAGUGUGUCAAGCUUGGAGACUUUGGUCUGUCUCGCUACGUUGAGGAACAGGAGUAUUACAAAGCCUCACUUUCUCGAUUACCGAUCAAAUGGAUGGCACCAGAAUCAAUCAACUUCAGGCGCUUCACCACAGCCAGUGAUGUCUGGAUGUUUGGUGUAUGUGUGUGGGAGAUCUUCUCAAUGGGCCAGCAGCCAUUCUUCUGGAUGGAGAACGGGCAGGUGAUUAAUCACCUCGAGUCAGGAGUUAGACUGCCCAAACCACAGAUCUGCCCACCCAAGCUUUACUGCCUACUCACCAGCACUUGGUCCUAUGAGCCGCAAGGCCGGCCCAGGUUCAGCGAACUCGUCUGUUCCCUGAGUGACAUCCACAAGAUGGAGCAGGAGGCUGAGACGAUGCAAGGCAAAUCCCACUCCAUCGCAUCGAUGUUCGACCCCAACCACGCAGAACCCCCACCAAAGCCAUCCAGGACACAAGGCAACACCCUUCCUCGAGUCUCGAACAAAUCGGCAACAGACAACGAUACCAGGCCAGCAUGGCAAAAAGAGAUGUCGCGAGUUGAAGACACAUUACAGAGACAAAAAAGAGAGAUGCUGAUGGAUAAACAGUGGCUGGAGCAGGAAGAGAGGCAACUGGAUCCUGCUGUGCGAGUGGAUUUAUACGCUAAGCCUCUUGAAAAAAGCCCAGAUAAAGGUCCUCCAGUGAAGCCCCCGAUGCCUCCUGCAGUCACACAGUCUCGGGCCACAGCUGAGCUGGACCGAUCUGGUGAUGAAGUUUACACUGGUGUCAUGGAAAUAGUGAAACAGGUGGUCAUGCUGAAGAAUGACAUUAACACGCUCCCAUCCUCAGAGUAUCCCACUGCUGUCAAAGCCUUGGGUGUCACUCUUCGUAGCCUGAUGCAAAGUGUUGAUGAGAUCCUGCCGUCUUUGCACAGCUCUAUCACAACCGAGAUCGAUGGCACUAAGAAACUGCUGAACAAGGAUUUAGGGGAGCUAAUCAGUAAGAUGCGACUGGCCCAGCAGAACGACAUCACCACGCUGAAGGAGGAGUGCCAGCGGCAGAUGUUGGCAGCCGCUCACACCCUGGCACUGGACUCCAAAAACCUGCUGGAUGCAGUGGAUCAGGCUCGAGUCAGAGCCAACCUGGCUAAGCCCAAACCUGACUCUGAAGAUGCAGAAAAAUCAUAGGAGUGAGGAGCAAAUGGACAUGGAAUUGAGUGGGAAUAGUAGGAUGCAUCUAUUUGUAUUCAAACUAUGUAGAUGUUCUGGUUUGAACAGCAGUGAUGAUCAAAGAUAACAUAAUAUAUUCAUAUUUUCUC